CAGAGCAUCUCAUGAGAUCCCUCGAUGCGUGAUCGCGUGCAGUUCGCCGCGAGUUGGGUCACUUCGUUUUUGUUCGUUGAAAUCGUGUCUCGGCCGGAGAUGGUUGUGCGUGCAGUGUCGUUGUUUGUGAAUGUGAUUGAUUGGGAAAAACACAGCCACACACAGUUCAGCGUCGUCCAGCGUCGAUCUCUGUCGAGCGGCGGUGUAGGUGUUUGUAAUCGAAUUACAUGGUCUGAUCGAACGGUGUUGUAGAGCGGGGAAAUUGGUGUAAAUCCUCCGAGGUAGGGAAGGGAGGCUGUGAACAUAAUGAUAAUAGCAGUAAUAGUGGGCAUUGAUUGAACGACUUGCGUUACGGCGUGCGCGAGAGUAAUUUGGUUGCCUUCUUCCAGUCCAGUCUGGCCGUGUCCAGUGUCGUGUUGUUCCGUGUGCCGUACGGGAGCCAGUGUUGUGUGCGUGUGAGAGGGAGCGAGCGAUGUGCUAUGCGCUGAUGUGUGUGGUUGCGCGUAAUUCUUGUCGAUCGCGCGCGCGGCUGGUAAGUGAAAAAGUGCGAAAGAGCAUAGAUAGUAGUAGUGGAAUAAGGGAAGAAGGGAGCUGAAGGGAGUAUGAGUAUGUGUAGCAACGUCGGAGCACAGUGGGUUCGAGGAUCGCAGAAGUAGAGUUCAAAGCAUUAUCAGAACCCGUCAUCGUCAUCAUCACCAUCAUCAUCAUGGGUGCGAGCGAGAAGCUGUUGGUGUGUAGACAGAGAGAAGAUAGUGCAGGAGAGCAAGCGAGACGGGAAGUGAAAUGAUUGUAAAAGGGAAAAGUGCGGAGUAACGAGAGACACGGAAGGGAAGUCGAAAACAGAGCACAACAUAGCACAACACUACAGCGACAACAAAGCACAUGCAAACGAGAAACAGGCGAAACAGCAGUCGUUGUGUGAUGCGUGAGAAGCGAGUGAAGGAGAAGACUAGGAUGAUAGGGUGGUGUUUUGGUAGUGUUGAUAGCGCGUUUUAGUAGUUGCGUAGAAGUGUUUGUCAAGAAGCGAAGAAAAGAAGCGAUGGAAGGGUGUUUGUAAGAAGCAGCCAGCAAGGAAGGGACGGACAGGCAAGGGCAGCAGCAACGAAGAACGACGUCGAAACGUCAGAAAGGGCUGGAGUGAGUGUGUGUGCGUGCGAGAGCGAUCGCGAGUGAGCGAGAAGAAAGCUGGUAAUGUCAAACAGAGAGCGCACCGAUCAGCGCUGCGAGCAAAGGAGAGCGCGUGUGUGAGAUCCAUCCCGAUUCGACCGACAGGCAGGAAGGAAGGGACCCCAUGGUUCGGUUACGUGGAGCCGCCCCGCGAAACUGAGCGUACCGAACGACCGAAAUGAGAGAGAAAUUACGUCAGCUAAAUUGUGCUUGCGUGUGUGCAUGUUUGUUUGUAAAAGUCUUUUUGUGAAGUGUUUUGUAGUGUUGUUCUUUUUAUAAUUGCCAAACACAGCCGGAAGCUGUGAACUGGUGUUUGGGUGAGUUCCGACGAUCACUGUAUGAUCACGCGCUCGAUGUGAAGUGUAUGUGUGUGUGUGUUUAAAUUCGUGUGUAAUAUACGGAAAAGUGCAAUGAAAACGCAACGAUCGGAAGAAAGCACUGUUGUGAAAAUAUGAAACGCAUUAAAAAAUAAGAAUAGAAACGAAAAGUGUUGGAAUUCGUGCUUUUAAAUAGUGUUUAGUGUCUGAGUAAACACACAACUAAAUGUGCUCGUGUGUGCGGGUUAAUGUUGAGCGAUAAAAAUUGUGAAAAAAAAAUUAUUACAAAACCGAAAAUUUCGUAGUACAACUUGUGGUGCAUUUUAAGUUUUGCCUUCUGUUUGUGUUUGUGCACGCGAAGAAAAAGCUUCAACAAAACAGAAAGAAGCAGUGAAUAAAAAGGCAGGGUUUCUAACAGCAAAGAGAAAAGAAAAGAAAAGAAAACGUAAUAAUAUAUCCCGCAAAUUCAGCCAAGUGCCACGUAUCAGCGUCAAUUCUCGCGUUCUCGCGAUCAGCAAAUUGUGUUCUUCCUUCUUAGCGAAACGUCAUUCGGUUUGGAGGAAGCAAAACCGAAGUGUGUGCAAAAAAAAAGGUAAAGAAAUGAAGAUGAGCUAGCGUGGCUGAGUGUACGCAACAGGAAGGCGAAGAUUUGACAGAAGCAAAAGUGAAACACAUUCCAGCACGCGGUGAGCGGUAAGAGAAUUGCUGUUUUUUUACAGUUCAUCACCGACCGUGCAAGUCCGAAUAUUUGGCGUUUUUUAUUUGGUGAUCGGUGCGUAUUCGGUUGCUGCACGGAAAGUACUUCCCCGUUCUCUCUCUCCGUCAUUUGGGCCGAAAGGGAAAACGGUUUCUUUAGCACCCGGACGCAACCCCAUUUUGUUACCCUUCGUCACGAUUCCGGAUCACCCCACAGGACGACGAUUUCACGUUCAAGGCGAAGCGCGAAACUAUUCUAAGUUCGGCCUUCGAACACAUGCCGGUGUUCGAAAUCGGUUGGAGUCGCGCUGAUCGGCCCCAUUCGAGGGGGCCAUGACGCGUUGGCCCGUCCUACUGCUUGCACUGCUCUCGGUGGCGUUCGGUCAUGUCGCGGCCGUGGUGACCCUGAAUUCCGGCCCGAAUGGCGCCGGUAUCGGUCACACGCCGAGCGGCGGUUCCGUCGGUUCCGGGAGCCCGAGCGCACCGGAAGCGUCUGCAUCCUCGGCCCUACCGCUCUAUCAUGACCCGUAUCAACCUCAGUCAUUGCUGCUUCAGCAUCAAUCAUCAUCCAACCAGCAGCAACAGCAGCAGCAGCAGCAACAAACGCAUUCGUCCGGUUCGUACAUUACGAAGAUGCCGGAGAACUCGCCGCACCAGAAGUUCCGCAACAAUCGGACGGUGCUGACGCUCGGCUAUCUGACCGCGGUCAAGGGUGAUCUGAUCGAAAAGCAGGGCCUCACCAUCUCGGGCGCCCUCACGAUGGCCCUGGACGAGAUCAACAACGAUCCGGAGCUGCUGCCGAACGUGACGCUUGCCCUGCGGUGGAAUGAUACGCGGGGUGAAACGGUUGUCGCCACACGUGUCAUUACCGAGAUGAUUUGUGAUGGUGUGGCCGCAUUCUUCGGACCAGAAGGUACCUGCCAGACCGAAGCGAUCGUUUCACAGAGUCGCGAUAUACCAAUGAUCUCGUAUAGAUGUUCCGAGCUGCAACGUAGCUCACCAAUUCCUACCUUCGCCCGGACCGAACCACCCGAUACUCAGGUUACCAAAUCCAUCAUUUCCCUGCUGACCUACUACGGCUGGCGCAAGUUCUCCAUCAUCCAUGAGCAGCUGUGGAAGAAUGUGGCGACCUCGCUCGAAGCGCAAGCCACCCGCAACAACCUGUCCGUCAACCAUGUCGAGAUGGUGUUCGACAACUACAAAUGCUGCCAGGACGAUAUGGACUGCUGCCGUAGUGGAUAUUGGUACACGGUCAUACAGAAAACGAUGAACAGGACCCGCAUCUAUGUGUUUCUCGGCAACAGCAAUCAGCUCGUUGACAUGAUGGCCACCAUGGACGGUAUGCAGCUCUUUGCCAAAGGCGAAUAUCUUGUAAUAUCCGCCGACAUGAUGACUUAUUCGCCGAAAUUGUCGAACAAGUAUCUGUGGCGGGUGGAAAAACCACCGAACGUGCGAAACUGUCUCGAUCUGCCGGGGGACUUUGAGCGGCGCAGCAAAAGUUUGCUGGUAGUAGUCGCUUCCGAACCAUUGCCCACGUUUGAAGCGUUCACGCACAAAGUGCGCGAGUACACCCAGAAGGAACCGUUCUUCUUCAAGCAACCGUCGCUGUUCCAUCAGUUUGUGAAGUACGUGUCAAUUUAUGCCGCCUAUCUGUACGAUUCGGUGAAGCUGUACGCCUGGGCACUGGAUAAGCUACUGAAGGAGGAACAGCAGCACCGGCCACUGACGAGUGAUGUGAUCCGGGACGUAGCCAGCAACGGUACCAAGAUCAUACAAACCAUCAUCAACAACCGAACGUAUCACAGCGUCGCGGGUGCGACAAUUAAAAUCGACGACUAUGGCGAUUCGGAGGGUAACUUCUCCGUGCUGGCACUUAAGCGGGAGUAUUACGAGGAAGCCAACUUUUCCUGCGUGUUCCAGAUGCGGCCAGUUGCACACUUUCAGAUGCGGCAACCGCAACACCUCAACGACACGAACCAGCAUCGAAACGAUGAAAUUCCAGAGUUUAAAUUGUCCAAGGUUGGGAAUGCGAUCGACUGGCCCGGUUCGGACCGACCGAUGGAUGAGCCGUCCUGCGGUUUUAUGAACGAGCACUGCAUGAAAGAUGACACCCAUAUCAUGUCGAUGGUGGUGGCGGGUGUCCUCGCACUGAUACUCUUCUGUGCGGGCGUCAUCACGAUGAGCAUCUAUCGCAAAUGGAAAAUCGAGCUAGAAAUCGAGGGUCUGCUGUGGAAGAUUGAUCCGGGCGACAUCAAGGGCUACUUCAACACGGAAAUUGUGUCCUCACCGAGCAAGCUCAGUCUGGCCAGUGCCCAAUCGUUUGGAUCGCGGUGCUCGAACCAGGUGUUCACGCCGACCGCCCGCUUCCGGAGUGUGGUGGUGCGCAUCAAGGAGCUAAAGUUUUCCCGCCGCAAGGACAUCUCGCGCGAAAUCAUGAAGGAGAUGCGGCUGCUGCGCGACCUGCGGCACGAUAACAUCAAUAGCUUCAUCGGAGCUUGCGUGGAACCGAUGCGGAUAUUACUAGUCACUGAUUAUUGUGCCAAGGGAAGCCUGUACGAUAUCAUCGAGAACGAGGAUAUCAAGCUAGAUGAUUUAUUUAUUGCAUCACUGGUGCAUGAUUUAAUUAAGGCAAUGAUCUACAUUCACAGUUCAGCUUUAAACUAUCACGGUAAUUUGAAAUCGUCCAACUGUGUCGUGACGUCGCGCUGGAUGCUACAGGUGACGGACUUUGGUUUGCACGAUCUUCGCCACUGUGCGGAGAACGAAUCGAUCGGUGAACAUCAACACUAUCGAAAUCUAUUCUGGAAGUCACCGGAACUUUUGCGUCAACCGAACGCUUACGGCAGUCAGAAAGGGGACGUGUAUGCGUUCGCGAUCAUACUGUUCGAAAUCAUUGGCCGUAGGGGUCCGUUCGGGUACACCGAGCUAGAGCCGAAAGAAAUCAUCGAUCGGGUGAAAGCUCUGCCUGAAUCGGGCAAGGAACCGUUCCGACCCGACAUCGAGAGCGUGAUCGAUGACAAUGUGUCGGACUAUGUGAUCAACUGCAUACGUGACUGUUGGGAUGAAAAUGCCGAUCUGAGGCCAGAUUUUCCCAACAUUAGGAAUCGGCUAAAGCGUAUGCGUGGCGGCAAAUCGAAAAACAUCAUGGACCAGAUGAUGGAGAUGAUGGAAAAGUAUGCAAACAAUCUGGAGGAGAUCGUCCAGGAUCGCACACGGUUGCUGUGCGAGGAAAAGCGCAAGACGGAGGAUCUGCUUCACCGCAUGCUGCCACAACCGGUGGCAGAGAAAUUGACCAAAGGGCUCGGCGUCGAGCCAGUAUCGUAUGAUUCGGUGACGAUCUACUUCAGCGACAUUGUUGGUUUUACAGCGAUGUCGGCCGAAAGCACACCGUUGCAGGUCGUCAACUUCCUGAACGAUCUGUACACGGUGUUCGAUCGCAUCAUCAAGGGUUACGACGUGUACAAGGUGGAAACGAUCGGUGACGCAUACAUGGUGGUAUCCGGAUUGCCCAUUACGAAUGGAAACCGACACGUCGGUGAGAUCGCUUCGAUGGCACUGGAGCUGCUGCAAGCGGUGCGCAGCCAUCGGAUUGCGCAUCGGCCUAACGAAACGCUUAAGCUGCGAAUCGGCAUACACACGGGCCCGGUCGUGGCAGGUGUGGUCGGUCUGACAAUGCCGCGCUACUGUCUGUUCGGUGACACGGUCAACACGGCGUCACGCAUGGAAUCGAACGGCGAGGCACUGAAGAUUCACAUCUCGCCGCAGUGCAAGGAUGCGCUGGAUACGCUGGGCGGUUACGUGAUCAUCGAGCGGGGUCUGAUCGCGAUGAAGGGCAAGGGCGAGGUGAUGACGUACUGGCUCGAAGCGGCAACUGAACAAGCGAUCCAAAAAAUCCCGGUAGAUGUGCGGGAUCUUCCACCUCCACUGUUCUGUCGACCGCGGCGCAGUCCGAAGAUGACGUACGAUUCGCGCCAUCCGAGCAUCAUCGGAUUGCCCGGUGGCGGCAUGAUCAGCAACGUAAGCGGCAUGGGUAGCUACAUGCCGGGCAGCAGACGACAAUCGUGCGCCCAUCGGGUCGGUGUUGGUGGUGGUGCGGAUCACGAAAGUAGUUACAGCCUGCAAGGGUCCAUGUUUGGACCGAUGGUACCGUUGCGUGCGGAAUCGCCACCACUCCGCCGACCAGAUCCAGCCGGUCGGGAAGGUUCGAUCGCACUGGAUGAUGCCGAUGACUAUUCCCAGUGUACGCUAGAACAGCGAACAGCACCGGUCCCACCAACCGGGGGUACAACAACGCUCGGUAGUAGUAAAAUUGCCUCCAGUGAUAACCUCAAGCGAGCGCUAUUUGCCAACAGUCCCGGUAAACGUUUAAGUCACAAACUGCGCUCGAUUACUUCUGCCGACGAUUACAAACAACUCUGCAGCAACAUGCCGGCUAAUGGGGGCCGUUCACCGGAAGCGGCACUGUUACGCGAGAGCCGAUCGCUCGAUCCGUUCCCCGUAACGAUCGAGCCCAAGCGCAAACGGUUAGACGCACUCGCCAAACGUGUGCCUCGGUUGGGGAAAACAAUAGCCGCUCCGUCACGCACUGGUUCGCAAACGUUCGUACCGGCCGCAACGGUUGUGUCGACGAUCAGCCACGAAUCCAUCGUAGAUACCGCCCGGCACGAUGAUCCACAGCGUGUCGGGUCGGGAAAGCUUACCACACCGACCAGCGUAAAAUGUCGCGUCCCGGAACCGAACAACAGUCACAGUGAGGCGGCAUACCACAAGUAUCUGCACAACAACAACUGCAACGGUUCGAUCGGCAAUGGAGCAGCGGAAGAGCAGGCCACCUGUCCGCUGCUUACGCGCCAGACGUCUCUUACCACACCGCAGGAUCACGACUGUCCCGGGCUGUACACGAACAACAGCAGCAGCAAGCGCUGGUACUCGCUCGAGCAUGUCGGCAUGCCGGAUGAGGAUAGCUGUAGCAAAAAGUCACUAACGCGCAGCUCGAUCAAAUCCUGGCUGGUUGGGUUCAUUCACGGCAAUGGGUUUAAAUCGAGCGACAGCUCGUUGCGUAAGGUGGGCGUCCUACCUGUCGGUGUCGGCGGUGUUACCGGCUUCGGGGAGUUGCAACCAACGCCGGAAAAGGAAAGCAUGGUUUGAAGCGUCUGUACGCAUCGUCACCUUCAUUAGCCCCACCAAAACCCAGUCAAUCCAUCCACGGCAAGCAACAAUCAAAGAAGAAGCUACAAUACAAACCUUUCCCCCCACACCACCCCCUCAACCCGCACCACUCCCAGAAACCAAGGUUCACAACGCCCGUUCCUCACCUGUUGGAGGGGACAGUUUUAAAACCCGGCUUACCAAAACCACGAUACACCGCGCACUGUCUGGGAAGGUUUUCGGAAUGGAAUGCGCAUUCCGUACAACCCAGUGUAUCGAUUUUUUUUUAUUUUAAUUCUAAACGUUUUGUUUUGUUUUGUUUGUUUGUUUUCCUCAUGUAUUUAGCCUGAUUGUAAUCUGAGUGCCAUGCGUUUUGCAAAAACGGAACAGUGUAAUAAGCGUAACAGACAAGUAUGUGUCCGGUGUAUGGUGAAAGAGAGCGAGAAUGGAAUGCGCGCUGAACCUUCCAGGAUUCAGUGUAUGUGUGUGUGUGUGUGUGUGUGUGUGCGUGUACGUGCGAGUGUAAAUGGCGAAUGUGAAUGCACGCGUAUAUGUGUGCGCUUAUGGUAAAGCCAUAGCGAAUCAACUGUACCUUUUUUUUUGUUUUUGAUAUAUCUUCCAUUCUAAUAAUUUUAAUCGUAUGAUUAAAUGCAACUUUCAUACGUACUGUUCCACCUCGUCCGAAGCGUUGAAAAUAGUUACACCAAAAGGUGUGUGCGUGGUGGGGCAGAGGGUUGGAAACUUCAUUAGUUACGCGCGCCAAACCAAUUAAAACGGAUUAAUCGUUUUUUUUUUCAAAGGAUUUCAAUUACAGUGCAAAAUCGGAAAAGUCAUCAAAUAAACGAUGCAAAAAAAUGUAUGCGUGUGUGUGUGUGUGAGGGGAAGCUUAAAGAUAGCGAAACAAAUUCAUCGUAACCAGACAGUCGAUGAAAUGCAGUGUACCAGAAAUUGGAUUGGUGGAAAAAGAGCAUACAAAGAGAAGAGAAAGAAAGUAAGAUAGUGAGAAAGAGAACGAAAGCAAAGGAAAAGAAUUGAAAAAGCAAACAGCACGGGGAAAAAAUAAGAAAGGAAAUGUGUGUGUGAAAGAGAAAGAGAGAAAGAGAGAGAGAGAAAAAAUACAACUAGGCUGUGAAAAUAGAAGUUAAUCAAUUAAGCAUGUUUGUCGUUUCUUUCUGGCAUCCGGGACGGGUUCUUUUUUCUUUGUCGAGCGUUCCAGGCAGGCUGAACCGCCCAGGUGGUCCACGAUGCGCUUUUUUGGGGGGUGACGGGUGAAUAUGAGUGUAAAAUGCAUUAUGCUUUAGGCUUAGCAUGUUCGCACCUGGUAGGUAGGAUUGUUAGAAGUUCUCCGUCAGACAGUUUGCAGUAAACCACCAUUACUUUGACCACAUCAAGGAAAUUCGGGUCAGAGAGCUAGAAUCGAACAGAGCCAUGUGAAGGUGUAUAUGGGUGAGCUUAAUACUAUACUUCUUGUGAUUGUGAUCAGUGGUAAUAUGAUCUGGUGGCCGCCAACAACUAGUCGUCCUCCCCCCCAAAACCCCCAUUUAUCGGUGUCUCUGUGUAAUGUUUUAUGUGUGUCCUAUGUGUCGAUGUACAUGUGCGCCUGUAUGUAUAUGUAUGUAUAUUUGGUCGUAUUGUUUGCUUACCCGACGUUGGCAACGUGUUCCGUACCGUUCUUCCUCGCAAGAAGUUCAUACGGACGUUGUGCUUGAUUUGUUGACUUUUCGUGCACAAUGUACUUUAAAAUGAUGAAUGUAAAUGAUGUACAAGCGUAUAAGCAAGGGGUGGAAUGGAAAAGGGUAGAAAAACAAGAUGCACACACUCGUACACAAUGGUGGGGCGCACUAUCGCGCACGCACCCAGACGAGUUGUUGAAGAUCGGCAAUGAAUGAUCAUCAGUAGAACAUUUGUGUUUGCAUAUUUAUCAUGUAAAGUACGAACGGAAGCGUAAUGUUUGUAUAGCGGAAACAUCUACACAUAGAAAGCAACAUUUAAAAAUGAGCAUAAGCAUAUGUGUGUAACAUUUCGCGUAGGGUAAAUUGUAAUUGAAAUGCCUUGUGCGCUGGGCCGGGUUUGUCCAGUGUGAAAUUUGCUAAAAGGGUGAAUGUGCCACGCACCGCACGUUUAAAAGUUACCAUCAUUUAGUAGAAGUAUUCAAUGUUUUAUGAAUCUUACAACGAAAUUACGAAAUCGCAGAAAAACAAAAAAAAAACAAACCGCAACCACUAAAGUAACGGAAAUAGAGAAGGAUGCGUUCGGCAAACAGCAAACCAAUUUCAGUUUUUGAUACACUAGAGCUCCGUAAAGCGCAGCAGAGACAGUCGUUGCACGAUAAUGUAACAUUUACGGUAUGAAUCUCGUUACCGUGUGUAAGCUGUCAUUUGUUGGAUUCGGUUCAAUUUUUGUUAUUCUUACAACACAAACAAAAACAUAAAGGCUCGCUAAUAGAACGAGCGUUACAGCGAUAAAACGAUCGUCAGCUUGCGGUUGUUGUGGAUGUAGAAAACUAUAUUUACAAAGUGAAAACACAAAUCCAUUUAGAAGAAAAACAACACUGUUAAUCAGUAAAGCAAACAUGUUAUACACGACAUCAGUGUAUCAGUCAGGAGGGAAGGAAAUGUUUGGAAAUAAUACUGCAUGUCAUAUAUUUUAUAGCAACAGCUAAGAAUUCAGACGGUCAUACAGAGACCGCAACCGUUUAACAGGAGUAUCCUACCAAACUAUCGUUGUAAGUGCAGGAAAAGGGAAGCAGAAUCUCGUUCGGGUAUGAGAUGUGUGGGCAGCAUAAA